UUCCAAAAAAAAAAAAAAAAAUUCAAGCCAUUAUCGGAACAGAACCUAUUCAAGACGAUGAAUGAAAGAACAGAUACAACGAUAACUCCCCAGGAUCAACACAUGAUGGAAUACACACUCUCCAUGACAACAAUCAGUAGUAGCACUAUCACUUUAAGUACGACUACUACUCACAAUUCUGGAAAUAAUGACACUACAAUGACAAUUGAUACCUGUGAAGAUCCUCUCAUGAUGCAGUACGCCAUGUCUAUAUCCUUGACCAACGACAACAAGGACAACAACAGCAGCAGUAUUAUCGACACCAAUGGUCCCGACGGUCAAAUCCAAAUCUUAGAUCAGGAUCAAAGUCAAAAUCGCUCACACAGUUUUUCACCUCAAGAGCUCUCUGACAAACUAAACCGCAUCAAACAACAACAACAACAGCUUCCAACCCUUCUUCAUUGUCCCACAUCUCACACCAAUGGAUCUGGAGCGCUGCCGAAAGUACUCUGCCCCAGCGGCACCGUAGUGACUAAUACUUCUCGGCUAUACGCACAUUCUCGAUCACAGUCCCGAACUCACUCUCGAACCCAAUCCUGUAAUCAUUCCCGUAGUGCAUCUAAGGACAAAUCAUCUUCUCCUUCUCAUCGACAUUCCCGCAGUCCUUCUUGUGACCGUGAUGUAACAGAUUCAAAGAGCUCUUGCAACAAAUGUUCGACUGCGACGGCCACACAUACACUUUCCAUCGAUACUAACCAAAAGACCCCUUCAAGGCCGCGUACACCUCAGCAAGCACUCCAGGAGAUUUUAGAGCAUAUCAACCUACGUCAAAACCAUCAUCAUCAUCACCAGCACUCUGGUCACUGUCAUAAUCAGUACGAUAAGGAAAGAGACAGUCAAGAUCUGGAUUCAACGAACAUACGGAGACUUCAUCGCCAUAAACUGAACCCAGAUCUACUCAAGGACCAAAAUCUUACACUCAAACAAGCACAUGGGCAGGCAAACCUGCGGCACAGCGAGUAAAAAAAAAAAAAAAAAGAGCAGACAUGACGAUCAGAUAAAUUUAUAUUUUACUCGGUCGACA